AUGGCCACCCUUUUGAAUCUGCAAAACUACAAAGAAGAGAUUCAGUCAUAUAUAGAUAAAUACAGGCUAGAGCAUAUAGAUGUUGCAGACUUUCUGGAUAAGAUAAGCUUAGGGACUACUCCGGAAAUGGGAACUGAAGAAUUGGCCAAGUUCUGUAGCGAGGCAGCAGCAGCACUAUUCACCACUCAUUCAGAUUAUGCCAAGCUUGCGGCUGCUAUUUUAACGACUUUCCACCAGUCAAUUACGUUAGAGAGUUUUUCAGAGAAAAUAAAGCUAAUUAAGCAGAAUACAUCUUUGUUAAAUCUUGAAAUUUAUGAAUUGAUUAUCCAGAAUGCUCCAGUCUACGAUUCUAUGAUUGAUUAUUCCCGAGAUUUUAACUUAUCUUACUUUUCAGUGCAUUCUCUUCUUAGAUCUUAUAUGAUAAAAAUUAACAGAAGGCCAAUUGAAAGACCGCAGGAUGUUUUUAUGAGGGCUGCCAUUCAGAUACACCGAAAUGACUUUUAUAGAGUCAAGCAGACCUAUGAUCUCAUUUCAAUGGGAUAUUUUACGCAUGCCACACCCACUCUGUUUAAUUCGUGUCUCAAAACGUGUCAGUUGGCAUCGUGUUUCCUCAUUUCUCCAAAGGAGGACUCGCUAGAGGGCAUUUACAACACCAUCAAGGAUUGUGCAAUAAUAUCAAAAUACUCUGGCGGAUUAGGUCUAAGUCUGCACAAUAUUAGAUGCAAAGGAUCUCCGCUCAAAUCAACAGGUGGAUACUCCAAGGGCGUUGUUCCAGUCAUAAAGAUAAUUAACGAAACAAUGAAGUAUGUGAAUCUAGGUGGAAUAAAAAGACAGAGCACAAUAGCUUUCUAUCUUGAGCCGUGGCAUAUGGAUGUUUUUGACUAUCUGGAUGUUAGAAAAAAUUCAGGAAAUGAAGAGAUGCGUGCCAGGGAUAUUUUCAUAGCCAUGUGGAUUAACGAUCUGUUCAUGGAAAGAGUUGAGAAUGACGAGGAAUGGUCACUAUUUGAUCCCAACGAGGCCAAGGGUCUGUAUGAUGUGUGGGGAGAUGAAUUCAAAAAGUUGUAUCUCAAGUAUGAGAAGACUCUUAGUAGAGUUGUAAUACCAGCACAAAAGUUGUUUAAGGCUAUAAUAAAUUCGCAGAUUGAAACGGGCACUCCAUAUAUGGUAUAUAAAGAUACAUGUAACAGAUACAGCAACCAGCAGAAUCUGGGGACAAUUAGAUCUAGCAAUCUUUGUGCCGAGAUAAUUGAGUACUCUGCAAGUGAUGAGAUUGCCGUUUGCAAUCUUGCAUCUGUCUGUUUGCCAGCAUUUGUGAAAAAUGGUGUUUUUGAUUUCAACGCUCUUCGCGAAGUGGUCAAGGCGGCCUUGGUUAAUCUAAACAGAGUUAUUGACAACAACUUUUACCCAGUGCCUGAAACUUCAAGAAGCAAUCUCAAGCAUAGGCCCGUUGGAAUUGGAAUCCAGGGAUUAGCAGAUACAUUUUCAAAACUGAGAUACCCAUUUGAGAGCCAACAAGCCCGGGAGCUGAACAAGCUGAUUGCCGAAACCAUGUAUUUUGCUGCCAUUGAGUCGUCUGCUGAGCUGGCUAUGCAAGAGGGUCCUUAUUCCUCUUUUGUUGGCUCACCAUUGAGUAAAGGUAUUUUUCACUUUGAAAUGUAUGGUGCGCAGCCAUCAGGAAUGUGGAACUGGGAAGAGCUGAGGGCCAAAGUGCUUCAAUAUGGUGUUAGAAACAGUCUGUUUAUUGCUCUAAUGCCUACUGCAGGUACAUCACAGCUAUUUGGAAACUCCGAGUGCUUCGAGCCCUAUACCAGCAAUAUUUUUACGAGACGAACCGUUGCAGGCGAAUUCCAAGUGGUAAAUACGUAUUUGAUGGAAGAUCUUGAAAGAUUGGGCAUGUGGAAUGAGGAAAUGAAAAAUAUUAUAAUUGAGCAUGAAGGGUCCAUACAAAGCAUACCUUGUAUCCCCCAGGAGAUCAAGAAUCUAUAUAAAACAGUUUGGGAAAUCAAAAUGAAGUCUGUUAUUGAUUUGGCAGCGGAUCGUCAGCCAUUUGUGGAUCAGUCAAUGUCGAUGAAUAUAUUUUUAGCCCAGCCCACAUUUGCUCAGCUGUCAUCGAUGCACUUUUAUGGUUGGAGGAGGAAGAUCAAGACUGGAAUGUACUACCUCAGGACUAAACCUAUUCUAAAUCCAAUUAAAUUCACGGUAAACCAAGAGCUAGUUGAGAAAACGCUUAGCUCAUUUGGUAACAGGUUCGACAAUACUGAUGAUAGGAAAGAAAACGACGACAACGAUAGCUAUUGCGAAGCGUGCUCAUGUUAA